UGGGUUAAAAAAAAAAAAGUUGCAUAAAUGGUUUGUGGGCUCCUCCUUCAGUUGUUGGGAUUGGGAAGUAGAAGUACACAUUCCCAAUAAGGUUAACAAAAAAAUCCAACAACUCAGAAAGAAGAGAGAAGACUUCCAAAUUGCAAAGGAUGAUGAAGAAGAAUCAGAGCAAGCAAGUUAACUCGUUGACCACGACACGUUUGUCACCAUUGGCGAAACCCUUCACGCUCAACCGUUCUACCCUCCAACCCUGCUCAAGUUCCCCUUUUUCAGGGUACCCUUUUCUUGAAUCGCCAAAAGAAUGUGACUUUGAUGGGUUUGGGGAGGAUUUUUCGUUGCCUAGUUACUCACCCUUGUGCCAUGGGAAGCAAGGAGAAGGGGAUUCUCAUGAGAGUUUGUUUCACAAGGGUAAGCAUGCUGUUGAUGGAGUGAGUCCCUGCCCAGAGUCUGCUGGUACUAGUACAAUUGUGGCUGAAGACCUUCCAUCGAAUUCUAAAGGCUUAAUGCAUUCAGCUAACGAAUCUAUCUCUGUUCCUCUUUCUAAUUUCAAGGUUUCCCCACUCAAAUUACCAAUAACCGAAUUGCCCUCCGCUAAAAACACUUCUCAAAAUCAGUCUUCCAAGAAUUUGGGUGAAAGUGACUCUGAUGUGGAUUCUCCUUGUUGGAAGGGAACCAUGGCUUUUUGUCUAACUCCAAUAGAAAAUUCAGGAUCAAUACAAAUUAGUAAUGUUGAGAAAGCAACAGAAAAACAUAAUAGUUUAAACCCUUUGGCUCCUCAGUUCUUUCCGGGUAUUGGAUAUGUUAAGGAUGAUUUUGGGUCUUCCAUCUCUUGUACGCCUGUAGCUACUAAUUUGUUGUCAGGAGAGGACAUGCUCAUUAAAACUGUUAUGGCUGAAUCCCCAGUAGAGCCGAGGAAGGGGAUUGAGCUUCAGUCUUCUAGUAACACCUGUGGAAGAGAAAAGGCAUUUAAUAUGUUUAAUAAUCCAAAAAAUAGCUCUGUGGAUCCUGUGCUAAAUUUGCAUUGUAUGGUGACACAAUCUUCCUCUAAAGAAGACUGCUCAAUAUCCAAUGGAAAACUUGAAACUGUUGUGGAUGUUGAUAACUUUGUAAAGGGAACUAAAGAUUCCAGGGUUUGUAAUGCUUUCCCUGCAAAGGGUCAUUUUCCAUUUCCAACUCAGGCAGCAUUGUCAUCUGGGGUUAAUGCUGUUCCUGAUCCUCUGAAAACAUUUGAAGGUCUUUCAAAGACCUUAAUUAAAUCUCCAAAACCUGAUGUUGGGACAAUUGUCAGUGCAAUUCAUGUUCUUUCAGAAUUGCUUGUGCAAACAUCCAUGGAUGGAGUAGACUCAAAUAGUGAACAUGGUCAUGAUGAGAUUAUGAUCCAGCAAAUAAUCAAUAACCUAAAUGAUUUCAGCACAAAAAGAUGUGGCCUAAGGAUUCCAACCCUUGAUUCAACUCCCACAGAUAAUCCAUUUGGUCCUGAUAGGUCAUUGGAGGGUUCCAAGGGACUUGAAAUGACAAGUAUAGAGACCCUUAAUGAUCCAAACCAGCUUUAUCAACAAAAUGAUUAUAUGGGAAAAAACAGAGUUUUUAAUAUGUUUGGGCAGAGUGGACAGAGAUUUUUAGCAUCUAGCAGUGAACACCAGGACAAAGGCAAUGAAAUAGCUCAGCUUCAGGUUAUUAGGAGGAGUCUGGGGAAAACUCUGCAUUUUGAUAAACACAUGCACCCAGAGGCGUCACUGUUUUUGAACUUAUGGCUUGAUUCUGAAGCAGAACGAUGUUAUAGGAAAUAUAAAACUUAUCAUUGCCUUAUGGAAGCUGGGCUGGAUGUAAAUUGCACAACUGUUGCGGAAUUGUUGAGCUGACGGUGCUUUGUAAAUUUGCAAGAGACUCAACUGGAUGCUGUAAUCAGACAUUGUAAAUAUCAUACAUACUUAUUAUAAGCUAAUUCUGGAAUGAGUUUCUAGUUGUACAAAUGCAAGUGAUUCAUGCGAAUGCAAUGGAUUUAGACUAAUAUCACGAGUUUUUACUAAUACCAUGCCUCUUAAUCUUUUAGUAGUUUGUUUUAAAUUUAGUAGAGAUAUGCUUAUGCAAGUCUAACUAAAUACAUUCAAAUACUCAUAAUCUGUCUAAA